AUGAGAUCAUCUAGACAGCGCUCCAGACUAUUCAUAAUCGAGGCAGUGGGACCAUGGGACCGAUCGGACGGUGGAAAUGAAGCUGAAAAGGCGGGGCCAUGCGCGUGCUCGGUGGGGGAUCAGACAGUGGGAGGCGCGGUGGAGAGUAUAGAUCGGACGGUUGAGAUUAAUGGAAGGAAGACAAUAAGCGGGGGCAAAAGUACGAGUAAGGAGGAUCGGGCGAUAGAGGUGGCGGUUGCCGCGGCGAUUACGGUAGUGUUCGGUGUAGGGAAUCGGGUGUUGUAUAAGCUGGCUUUGGUUCCUCUCAAGCAUUACCCCUUCUUUCUAGCUCAGCUCGCUACAUUCGGAUAUGUUAUUGUAUACUUCACCAUCUUGCAUGUUCGACACUAUGCUGGUAUCGUUACAGACGAGAUGCUUUCUAUGCCAAAAGCUCCGUUUCUUCUUGUUGGACUCAUAGAAGCUCUUGGAGCUGCAACUGGAAUGGCAGCUGGAGCAAUUCUUUCUGGAGCAUCAAUUCCAAUUUUGUCUCAGACUUUUCUUGUAUGGCAGAUUCUCUUGUCCAUUAUUUUUCUUGGAAGGAGAUAUAAAGUCAACCAGUUGCUUGGAUGCUUCCUAGUUGGCAUCGGUGUAAUCAUAACUGUAGCAAGUGGAUCGAGUGCUGGUUCGUUAAAAGAAGCUGGUAUAUUCUGGAGUCUUUUGAUGAUUUUCUCUUUUUUCUUGCAAGCCGCAGAUACAGUGCUCAAGGAAGUCAUUUUCUUGGAUGGUGCUAAACAUUUAAAGGCACUGUUUGUAUGCCUUCUUCUACCAUUUCUGUCGAAAUUAUGGGGUAUACCAUUUAGUCAGCUUCCAAACUAUCUUAAAGACGGGGCAGUUUGCUUUCUGAACAUCGGUAGUUUAUCGAGUGGUAAGCUAUGA